GUGAUAAACUCUCCCUCCGCCGCUGUGAUGCAGUGCAGCGGCGGUUGCGCGCUAUUACGCAACACCCCCGCCUGUUCUGAGCGCUAUAGACGGAUCAGCGUCUCCUCUCUGCCGCUCCGCUCCUGCAGCUACCCGACACCGGCCAGCGCUCAGCCCAACGCAUCACCAUGGGAAAGGAGAAACUCCACAUCAACAUCGUUGUGAUCGGUCACGUGGACUCUGGCAAGUCAACCACUACCGGCCACCUCAUCUACAAGUGUGGUGGCAUCGACAAGAGAACUAUUGAGAAGUUUGAGAAAGAAGCUGCUGAGAUGGGAAAAGGAUCAUUCAAGUAUGCCUGGGUGCUGGACAAGCUGAAGGCAGAGAGGGAGCGUGGUAUUACCAUUGACAUUUCCCUGUGGAAGUUUGAGACCAGCAAGUACUACGUGACCAUCAUAGAUGCUCCAGGCCACAGGGAUUUCAUCAAGAACAUGAUCACUGGGACCUCCCAGGCCGACUGUGCCGUGUUGAUUGUGGCAGCAGGAGUGGGAGAAUUUGAGGCCGGUAUUUCCAAGAAUGGACAAACCCGCGAGCAUGCCCUCCUAGCUUACACUCUCGGAGUAAAGCAGCUCAUUGUGGGUAUCAACAAGAUGGACUCCACAGAGCCCAACUACAGCCAAAAGCGUUAUGAAGAAAUUGUGAAGGAAGUGAGCACUUACAUCAAGAAGAUUGGUUACAAUCCAGACACUGUCGCCUUUGUGCCCAUUUCAGGUUGGAAUGGAGACAACAUGCUUGAACCCAGUCCAAAUAUGACAUGGUUUAAGGGGUGGAAGAUCAACAGGAAGGAUGGAAGUGCAUCGGGAACAACACUUCUAGAAGCUUUGGAUGCCAUUCAGCCCCCAACUCGCCCAACAGACAAACCUCUACGCCUACCCUUGCAGGAUGUCUACAAAAUAGGAGGGAUUGGAACUGUGCCUGUGGGUCGUGUGGAAACAGGAGUACUGAAGCCUGGCAUGGUUGUGACUUUUGCCCCUGUAAAUGUUACCACUGAGGUCAAGUCUGUGGAGAUGCAUCACGAGGCACUCACAGAGGCCCUCCCAGGGGAUAAUGUGGGGUUCAACGUCAAGAAUGUGUCUGUUAAGGAUAUUCGCCGCGGUAAUGUGGCUGGAGAUAGCAAGAACGACCCUCCGCAGGAAGCUGCCAACUUCACAGCUCAGGUGAUAAUCCUAAAUCACCCAGGCCAGAUUAGUGCUGGUUACGCUCCUGUUCUGGAUUGUCACACUGCCCACAUUGCCUGCAAGUUUGCAGAGCUUAAGGAAAAGAUUGAUCGCCGGUCAGGCAAAAAGCUGGAAGACAAUCCAAAAUCUCUUAAAUCUGGAGAUGCUGCCAUCGUAGAUAUGAUUCCAGGGAAGCCAAUGUGUGUUGAAAGCUUCUCCGAGUACCCUCCAUUGGGUCGCUUUGCGGUGCGCGACAUGCGUCAGACUGUGGCCGUUGGUGUGAUAAAGGGUGUGGAGAAGAAAGUGUCUACCACUGGUAAAGUUACUAAGUCUGCUCAGAAGGCCCAGAAGAACAAAUGAAUGUUGUGCUACUCUGCCGACCAUAAGGUCUCCCAAGGCAGGACAUCGCUCAUCCAACUCCAUCUUUCGACUGGCUGCUUCAACUCGAUAAUUAAGGACUGGUUAAUCAUCACAAUGCAUCGCAAAAGCAUUAGAAGGAAAGAAAAACUGUACAUAUGUAUCUUAGCUGUGGCACUCCUGACUCCAUUUCAGUGGUUAAACUAUCAUCAUUAUGCAACUUGUUAGUAAGAUUUUCAAUGUGGAUUGUGGAUUUGGUCAUGGUGAUACGUUUCUUACACCUGAAGACAUUCAGCAUAGGGAUUUAAUGCAAUUGUAUCCAACUUCUAGCUGUCUGAUGUGCUUGGUUCUAGUAUCUUUUCAUGUCCUGCUUUAAGUGUUUGUUUGCAGUGUUGUGGAGCUCUUUAUGAGACAACAGCAGAAGUUCAAACUAUUAGUAGCUAAUGUUCUUCUAAAUAGUGGAUUAGUGGAACAUGUCUUGUACUUAAGCUUUAAAAACCCCUAAAGCAAAAGGCUUAAGUUUGCCCUUCUUGAACAUCUCAGAAUCAACUAAUUUGAUUCUAAAAGCACUUUGAUUGAUUUGCUAACUUUGCACUUGAAAUGAAAAUCAAAUUGGCAUAAUCUACUGCACCUUAUUGUAAGAUGGCAUGAGCCUCUUUGCAACAUUAAACUUAUUUCAACCACUUUC